AUGUUGCUAGAUUGUUCUAUUCUAAACGAUCGAAUCCUUUCUACAAAUACGCAGGGUCAAAUAUUUUUAGUUAAUGUUGAAGAUGGUUCUUUCGUUUCUAAUUGUGGACAUAAGUCAAAAUAUGGAUUAGAUGAAUGUGAAGUUUGGUGUUGCUCAUGGAUAAACGGACAAACCUAUGCGACAGGUGCAGAAGAUGGAAUUUUGAAAAUUUGGGAUUUGCGUUGUUCUUUUAGUUCAGGCGAGCAACAAAAGAUUGAGCACUCUGCUGGUGUUACUUCUUUAUAUAAAUUGAAUGAUGAUUAUCAAAUUAUGUCAGGUUCAUAUGAUGACAAUUUAAGAUUAUUUGAUUGGAGAAAUUUAAAUAAACCACUUUCGACUUUAAAGUUAAAUGGUGGAAUUUGGGAAGUUAGUCCAAUUGAAAAUAAUUAUUUUAUUUUGGCUUGUAUGUAUGGAGGUAUUUGA